CGUACGCAUUCUGUAUUAGGAUUUAAAUGAACUAACACAGUCCCCCACGUGCGGCUCGAAACAGGCCACCUUUGUGGCACCCAGUCCGCCGCUUGUCCCGAAGCUCAGCUGGCCUCACCGUGGAGCGCUCGCGUUGUUUCUUCCUCGGCAUACGUGAAGCCAACGAAGGAACCGGAACUGCCGCGCUCCCUUGUCCGUCCGCUGCGCGUUUUCUCGCCGUGUUGCUGAGGGGCGAGCCUCUCCGGAGACAUUUUUUUUUGUGGCUAAUAAGGAAGUUGGAUGUUCACGAAACUGGCGAAAGCAGCGGCGGCAGGAAGUCUUGCCUGCCUCUCCUGAGCGGACUUCCUGGUGUGGGUGUCUGCUGUUGCUGCUGUGUGCGUGUUUUGUGGCGGAUCGCCUGGGUGGGAGCCGCUCGCGCGGGCAAACAACAGCGGCGAGCGGGAAGACAAGUGGGCGAGUGUAGUGGCGCGCGGCAGCCCAAACGGACGAGAGCCCGGCGUGCGCGUCUUCUCGGAGGAGACUCGCCCGCUAGCCUGCUCUGGGUGUAGGGAGCACAGGGCUGCAGCGGCACGAGAGCGCACCGAUACGCUUCGGAGGGCCAACCGGCAGAGCUGCCCGCAGAAGAACAGAAACCGAGCGAGAGAAACGGGCAACCGCGGAGGAGAGACGAGUAAACAUUUACGAAGUACAAAUAAGUGUCAGAAGAUACAAAAUGAAGGCACUUUGUUGGAGAGCAGUGGACUGCAGUUUUGGUGAUGACUGCUGUAGAGGCUCAUUUGCCAGACCUGAUAAUCUCAACCCUGCUACUGUACACCGUUCAUGAAAAGCCCAAGAGUUUGGCUAAAGAUACAUUUUUAAAAGUAAUGAUGGACCACGUGUCCUAGAAUGCACAGCCCGGCUCACCGGUGCAGGGAUAUUGAGAGGCAAGCAGGCUAUCUGCAGCCUGAACACUGUGCGCCUCCACCACCACGAGGGGCCGUGGACGGUAUGUGGUUCAUCCGGGAUGGCUGCGGUAUAGUCUGCGGCGUCAUCACUUGGCUAUUGGUCUUUUAUGCCGAGUUUGUGGUGCUUUUUGUCAUGCUUGUUCCUGCAAAAAGUUUGGUUUACAGCUUUAUCAAUGGCUUCCUCUUCAAUACAUUGGCCUUCCUUGCUUUGGCUUCACAUGGCAGAGCCAUGCUGACUGACCCGGGUGCCGUGCCAAAGGGAAAUGCAACAAAGGAGUUCAUUGAGAGUUUACAGCUGAAGCCAGGCCAGGUCGUGUACAAGUGUCCCAAAUGUUGCAGUAUCAAGCCUGACCGAGCCCAUCACUGCAGUGUUUGCAAGAGGUGUAUAAGGAAAAUGGACCACCACUGUCCCUGGGUUAAUAACUGUGUAGGCGAAAACAACCAAAAGUACUUUGUACUGUUUACUAUGUACAUAGCACUCAUAUCCUUGCAUGCUCUAGUGAUGGUAGCAUUUCAUUUCCUGUACUGCUUUGAGGAAGACUGGACGAAGUGCAGCACUUUUACUCCGCCAGUGACUGUUAUCCUGCUCAUCCUUUUGUGCUUUGAGGGACUUCUUUUCCUCAUCUUUACAGCAGUAAUGUUUGGGACACAGAUCCACUCUAUCUGUACUGAUGAAACAGGCAUCGAGCGCCUUAAGCAGGAGACGGUCACCUGGGAGAAGACGAUGUACUGGGCGGGCAUGAAGGAGGCAUUUGGAGGUCCGUUUUCCAUCGCUUGGUUCAAUCCGUUUUCCGGUUUGACAUGCCGGAGAGAGAAGUCCACUUGGAUCUGCGUGGCAGAGGCAGCAGUGACCGAGGAGGAUGGGGUGUUGUAACGGACCCCCUCUACGCCCCCCCAAAGUGGGACCAUUGUGCUUUCAUCCCUGAGGAUUGUCCCCAGCGUGCUUUUUGUCACCCUUACAUUGGUCACUUCUAUGCAAAGAUCAGGUGCCUUGAGUUUACAUCAACGUCAAAUGUUGGGUUUCACCCGCUGACCGGCCGAGAGCUGAGUGACCCCACUAGUGUCCUCCACUCUUAAGUCACCUGAAAAAGCAGCUCCUCAUUACAGCGAGAACGGCAGGGUGCCCGCUGGACUGAAUGGCACAGAAACCAAUGGGUAGCAGUGGCUAGUGUUGGGGGAAUUGGGGUGGUGGCGCCUUUCAUCAAAGCCCCUUCACGUAUUCCACUUGUGCCUUCUGCUGUCGUUUUAUAGGAAGGCAGCAUUUCAGCUGCCAGCGCUGAGUCCCUGUGUGUCCCUAAGUUGGUCAUUUUACAUGCCAGGACUGUCACUGAGAGAAAACAAAUUAGAAACCACUGCAUCUGAUCAAAUAAAAUAAAAAGAAAUCACCUUGUAGAAAGGAGCUAUAAAAAGGGCAGAUUUAGUCCUCUGAUCGACUGACUCCUUGGAUAUCCCAGAAAACCUGCCAGUCCCCCCAUAGUGGAAAUAACGGGAAUGGGACGAUCCUUUUAUAGUGAAGAGGGGCGCAUAAAAAGGCGCUACAUAACCCCAACUUUCCCACCUGACUCCAUCUUGACGUGAGGACAGUCAUUAUAGAAAGGCACUAUAUAAAGCUACAAGGACACAGAUUCAGCACCACCGCUUACUCCGUGUCACCCCACCUGUCAUAUCCUAUGCAGUAGGAGCAUACCGGACCACUCUUGAGCCUUUUCUAGUGACAAAGACGCUAUAUAAAUCCACAAGGACACCAAUCCAACCUCCAUGCCACUCCACCUGGCUGAUCCCACAUAGUAGAGGUACGGAAUCACGUGCGCUGUUCCAGUGAUGAGCCUUUUAUCACAAUUAAAGGCGCUAUAUAAAACUACAAAGGCACAAAUUCAGGUCUUUGCCAACUUGGUGCCACCCCACCUGUCAUAUCUCAUUUAGUAGACACAAGCGCACGUGCUGCACCACUGACGAGCCUUUUGCAGUGAUGAGGGUCACUAUGGAAAGGCGCUAUACAAACCCACAAGGUCUCACCCCUGCUGACUCCAUGGUUGUCCCCGAGUAAGUCACUUCACGUGCCAGGUCCCACGUUGCAGAGACCACUGUACUACUCCUGUAAGUUGGCUGGUGUUCACUCUGAAAAGGCGCUAUAUAAUAGCAUACACCCCGGUGACUCAAUGUGUCUGUACACCCACCUGUGUCCCCAUCAUGGUCACAUGUGCUAUUGUCAUCGUAAGCUGGUGGCCUGGCCUGCUGUUUCUGUUCUGUUAAAUACCAAGGAGUUGGCUGACGGACGUCACCCUGUAGGACAGACGUCACCUCUUAAAGCUGAGAUGAGUGAAGUGGGACCACCUGUCAGUCCUCGCACCGUCAUCAUCUGUCAAGUGCCUCGGGCGGUGUUCUGUGUGAAAGGCGCUAUAUAACUGUAUAAAAUGUGCAGGUCCCCAGCACUGACUCUCAGGGCAAUAUGGAUGCACAGUGAACUGCUGUGCCUUGGGGGGUCCACUAUGAAAGGCGCUAUACUAAAUAAAGUCUGACCAAUGGCUGUGUGAAGUGUUUGCCUGCACAAUGCAGAAUACAAAGUGACCGCUUUACAAAUAACAGCUGAAUGAGUGCUUUGUAACUAUUCUUCUAAAGAAAGGCGGGCGCUAUAUGAAAUAAACCUCGACUGACUGUGUGGUGACCUUUUUCUAACAAAGUGCAUUAAAAAAGCUGGAGGCCAAAACAAAAGCUGACCGGUUGUUCUGCAAAGCCGUUUGACGUCGGCUUCAUUUGAAAGGUGCUAUAAAAAUAAUAAAGUCGGAUUGUUGUGUAA